GCGUGCAUUUGUUUACUUUGCGAUCGACGGGAACAAACGGAAGAGUUGAGAUACUCGCGCGGCGAUAUUUACAUGCGUUUCUGUGGUAAAAAGUUGUAAAAUGUGUAUCGAAAACGGUGUGGUUGAGUCAGAAGAGAAUAAUCUAGUGAAAAACGGUAGCAAGAUGCAGAAAACGCCACAGAACGAAGAGCCGUCGAAAAACGGCGAUGAGUUACGAAUUCGGAGAAUCGCAGGCGGUUCCAUGAUAAACCGUGCGCCACUAUUUUCGCCAGAUGGAAGUAUAAUUUAUGUGAUUUGGGAAAAGACGGUACGAGCGUUCAGCGUUACCACUGGCGAAUAUGUAAGGGAUUACGAGGGGGUAGACGAUGAUAUAUUGGGUAUUGUGAUUAACCGCAACAAUCAGAAAUUCCUUUACGGAUGUACCAAAAAUGGUGUAAUAUUAGGCUGGAACGCCGAAUCCGGUGUGCUCCACGAGAAAAAGGAAAUACUUUUGAACACAAAAUUCUGUGUGAACCAUUUCAGCAUAUUAUACGAUGAGAAUGACUCGGCAACAUUCCUGGUUUCGGGUGUGUCCACCGGAAGGCACGUUUUUAUUUACUGUCCCACCAAGCGCAUGAUAAUCCAAUCAUCGAAACUCACAUUGGAAGGUGCCGUGACGGAUAUCAGGUUUGCUUCCGGUGGUGAUAAGCUUAAUUUUUUCGCCUACAUCACCGGUGAGUUGUGGCAUUGGGUUAAGGUGAAACCCGCCUUUCGGACAGUAACUAGGAAGCAUUGUAAUGGGGUUCAGACGAGAGUCAUAGCCUGUCACCCGACGGAAGAUAUCGUUGCCAUUGGGGACGCCAUCGGAAGAGUGGUUUUGUAUAAGCACUUCCUGGAAACAAAAGCUGCCGUUCCCGAAAUUUACCACUGGCAUCCUAAUCCGGUUCAGUGUGUCGUGUUCUCUCACACGGGAACUCAUUUCUACUCCGGUGGCCUCGAGCGGGUGCUGGUGAAGUGGACGAUCGGUAAGCAGACCAACAAGGAUAUGUUGCCACGGUUGUCCGAUACGGUGGUGCAGAUUGCUGUUGCUCCGGAGAAUCUGAAAGUCGCGCUUUGUACGGCGGAUAAUGGAAUUCGAAUACUGAACGCACUGCAGAAACAAACAGCUACCAUACAAAGCUUCUCGCGGAUUUCCGAGGAUUACACCGGUCGCAAUCCUUUCCCUGUUGGAUUACGUGUUAAUCCGAGAACGCAAGCUUUGGUUCUCAACGGGAGGGUCGGCUGUGUUCAGUUCUUUUCGACCUAUAGCAGAAGUUUGCUCUACACGCUGGACAUUACACUCAUGAACUAUAACACGAUAGAGCAGCAGAAGGUUAUUUACAAUACGAUGGUCACAAAUGUUGCCGUCAAUGCAUUCUGGUUAGCAACAGUGGAGACCUGGAACGAUAACUGCUACUCGUCGGAGACUCGGCUCAAAUUCUGGAAGUAUGACGAAUCGCGACAGAACUAUUCACUCAACGUGAAUGUGGAAAAUGUUCAUCUAGGAGGCGUGAAUGGAUUGGAGUUCUCCAACGGGUCUAAGGAGCGAGAUGUUCUGUGUGCGACUGCGGGAAAAGAUCGCUGUGUGAAAAUCUGGUCUCCCCGUGAAAUAGAAAUUACCGGGGGAGGUGAGAAAUUGGUGUGGAUGUGUAUCGGCAGGGUCGAGUAUAAAAACCUACCGGUGAAGUCGAUUUCCUUCUCGCAAGAUGGUUCGCUGCUGGCCGGUGGAUUCGGUAGUGUACUCUGCGCGUGGAGCGCCGAAACGCUCAGUCUAAAGUGUGCACUUUCCGCUCCCGCCGGUUACGAUGGCGGUAUGCAACGUGUGGUGCUCUCCGUUUCCAGCAAGACGAAGCAAAUCGACACGGAUGAUUAUUUGAAGAAGAAAUCCAAAAUAAUCGAGCAAAUGUUACAACUGUUGGAGAAGAAAGACGGUUCCGACUUGAGGAAAAUUUUAGUCCCUUUCAAAAAGCAUCGAUUCAUCCAAAGCGACACGAAAAGGGUUCGACAACUUUCGGAGGAUCAAAAGAAGCUAGUCUUCAAGAGGACGCAGCUGCACAACGAGUUAACCAUUUCGCAGAAAGCGGAACUAUUCUACCGAUUGCGCAUUCAAUGUCGAACUGUUUCUCAGAUGAAAGAUAAAAUAGCGGAGAAAUUGGCCAAAGCAAAGCAAAUUUCCUGCGGCGCCGAGAAACGGCUACAGAGAGUCGUGGAUGAGCUUUGCUCCGACGUUAAAUUUCGCUGCAAGCGGAAGCUGCAUAAUCUUCAGCGCAAGAAAGCUGUAUCCUUGGGACUCUCGCAACUCACCAGCGUCUUUGACACCACAAAAAAAAUGUGUUCGCAGAAAAUAUCUCCGGCCAUCGAUAACACCUGCAAACCCGUUAUAACAACCACCCAAAUUAAUCACGCCUUCUUCUGUUACGGAGAGCAUUCACAUCUGGUUGUGAUGUGUACGGAAAACAGACUACUGGUCUGGAAUUUGCUGACCCUCCGAAUUCAGGUGACCGUAAAUCUGACUGUCGACCAAAUUGCCAUCGAUUCAUUCAACAAUUUAAUUGCUGCGUUUACUGCCGACAAUGAGUUGUACAUAUUUUUGCCCAACAUCCCGAUGCCACUGUAUCACAGGAAAAACCUCCCCUCCGUCUAUGGUGCCGUGUGGAUUCCACGAAGGUAUCCCAAGUCCCAAUCGCUUAACGUCGAUUGGCAGGCAGUUUCGCAGCUUUAUUUCCUCAAUCAAAAGCAGGAACUCUUGCACCUUGUUUCGGACAGUGACGAGGAAUCGCUUGGACCGGUGGUUUAUAUGAACGACAUGGCCACCAACGGGCUGCCGAACACACCCUUCGCAGCGAUGCUUGCAAAACAAACGGGGAGCCGAGGCGUUCAAGUUGGACUGACGAACGCAACCGGUGGUCGCAUCGGUUUUGCUGGGAAAAGCAGCGUAAAGGAGAUCGUUGCAUCCUCCGCUCAUACGAUGGCACCAAUUAACCUGCUGUGCGAGGAUUUCCUCAAGUCACUUCUGAUUGUGGAGGAGCGAAGACGAAAACGCGACCCGUCGACAACUGCCACCACUCCGACUCAUGCCCCCACCAUCCCCGUAAGUGACGACAGCGAGUCGGAUAGUGAAUCUACUAACCAAGAAGCUACGGAAGUGAAGUCAAAAAUUUCUGCCCGCAAAGCGGUAAUGGAUUCCAUCGAGAAGGCUCACUUUAAGACAUCCAGCAGAACCGAACAGAUAGUGCGAGACAGCAAGCUGAAACAGCUGAUGGAGGAAGAUAUUGAAAUCGCAUUUUGACGUGUUUUUUGAUUGCUUCGAGCUGUUUAACAAGAGAAGGCGACUCCAAGUGUGAUGGAAGCGUUGAGGGCCUUCAGGACCGGCAUCUACAACCGACUAUGAAGCACGGUGGAGGAAGAAUCAUGGUGUGAGGCUGUAUAUUAUGACUGCUGACAUUUUGUGCGAGAACCUGGAAGAAUACAUGCUGAAAAUAGGGCUGGAGGAUAUCUACACCUUCCAGCAAGACAAUAACCCGUAGCAUACUGCGAAGAAAACAACAGCAGUUUUUCCGAUCGGCCCGGAUCAAAUCAAUGGUUUGACCACCCCAAAGCCCCGACUUGAAUCUUAUCGUGAAUUUAUGGGCGAUUUUGGACAACAAAGUGGACAAAACUGACGCUACGAAUAAGCAGAACUAUCUUGCUGCGUUGAAGGAUGCUUGGGACGAGUUGGACUCUCA